AUGCUGAGCCUCUGCGAUCCGGCGAUGGUGGAGAAGAUGCUGUUGAACCCUCUAAUAAGGUGCCGAAAGAUAUUUCAAAUGACCGUCAGCAUUGUAAAGAUGUUGAGGUGGAUUGUAAAGGUGAUAAGGGAGAAGAUCGGAGUUGCCCAGAACAAGCGCUUCAGCAGUGCAGGAAGGACGUUCGGCUUGACGACAGAAGCGUUGACGGGAAUACUCCGUGCACGGACUCUGCAGCUACCACGGGUACUGGUACAACACCUUGCCUUGCACCGGUGCAGAAAGGUGAACGUGAAGCGCAGCCGCCGAGUGGUACUGAAAGAAAUAGCUCUGAACAGGGCCUUCAGCGUGCUGAGCCGUGCCCGGAACAUACAGAAGGCACUGAGAGUUGCCCUCGUCCUCCUUCGUCUCCUAAAGCGCAACCCCAACCGCUUCCUGGAGAGCGGCUGGCGCCGGACGUGCCCCCCGCAAAGGUGGAAACAAAUAUUGGCUUGCGCACACCCAAAGGUGACAGCGGACAUGGAGUCGGUGAGGAAGCUGACAAUCAGCAAAAGGACCACAAGCCCACUCAGACCAACGACAGCCAAGACACAACGGGACGUGACAAAGACCGCAUCUCUUUGCCCAAAGCUGAGAAGGCACAGGAGAAUGAACAGGUGA